AUGCAAAAGUCCAUUGGCACAUGCCAUUCAGAAGGUGGCGUCACACUACUGGAUCGUCCACAUACCGAUGACCCAGAUCGCCCACCGGAUAUCAGCAUUGGAAGCUUGAGUACGGAACAGUUGAUGGAACAUAUGUUGGAACAUGAGUUAUGUGGUGAGAUUGAUCUAGACGAAGUGAUGGCUUCUGCAGCCUAUGCCAGACCAACGCAAGGUGUUGCAGCGGCUCACUUGUCCAAAAUUUGGAAAAUCGAUCUGCCUACUGCCGAGAGAACGUUGAAUGCCACUACCCAGUUACUACACCAAUCGGAGGACCCCUCAAUGGCGCGUAACUUUGGGACCAACAACCGGAUGCUUCGAUACAGACGACUCACCCAAUACUUCUUCAUGGAUACGUUUUUUGCCACGAAGAAAGGAGGGAAGUCUGCUCGAGGAAAUACUUGUUGCCAACUCUUUGUCACUGACAAAGGAUUUGUAUAUGUGGUACCUAUGCGUACCAAGAAAGAUGUCACCCUGGCCGUCAAGCAAUUUGCAAAAGAGAUUGGAGUCCCCGAUGCAAUUGUCUGUGACGCGGCAGGUGAGCAGACGUCUAUUGAACUCAGAAGAUUCCUAAAUAGCAUUGGGACCACUAUCCGGGUCCUCGAACAAGGAACCCCGUGGGCCAAUCGAGCUGAACUGUAUGUAGGAUUAAUGAAAGAGGCAGUCCGUCGUGACAUGAGGGACUCCAACUGCCCCUUCGUCUUCUGGGAUUAUUGUGUUGAGCGAAGAGCUCGUGUCAACAACUUGACUGCAAAAGAUUCGUUUCAAUUGCGCGGUCAAACCCCCCAAACCGAAGUAACCGGAGAUCCAGGCGACAUUUCGAAUUUGUGUCGUUUUGGCUGGUACGAGUGGUGCUAUGCCAUGAAUAAGAACAUUGCUUUUCCACACAACAAGGAAAUCCUUGGGAGAGUUCUUGGCCCAGCAACCGGUAUGGGGAAUGAGAUGUGUCAGUGGGUAUUGCAAGGCAACGGAACAGUCAUCUCCCGUUGCACCGUCCGCCCACUGAAGACUGAAGAAAUCCAUUCGCCUGAACAAGAACGAAAGAGACAACUCUAUGAUAGCUUGAGUUUGGAUUGGAAAACGUUGGCAAGGUUGCUCUUAUUCAUCGUGCAAUCUAUGGCGGCAAAACUGCUGGACGUGAUUUCAGAAAUCAUCUACGUGCUUGUAUGCGACACCUGGGAUUCGAGUCUUGCCCGGCCGACCCGGAUGUUUGGAUGA